AUGAAGGAUAUGAUGAAUGAAGUUCGUGGAAUGAACAAUAACAUCGCUAAGUUGGGGCAAAGCAUGCAGCAAUAUAUGAUAUCAUUCAGGAAUGCAUUGAUUGUCCAGGACCAGAACGUACAGAUAAUGAAUGAGAGAUUGAUCGCUGUCGAGGAGAGCUCUCAGGACAAGAUCACUGCUGCCGUGGCCCUUGCAGUGCAAGAAAAGAUGGAGUCGGUCCAGGAGAACGUCUCGCUCACGCUGCUGGCGGAGGUGGGGGUGGUGGACCUAGUCGUCAGGCCGCUGCUCAAGAAGGCCAGAGAGAAGCACUACAACGAGACGGUGCUGCCGCGCUAUGGCCACCUGCUGCAGGGCGUCGCCACGUUUUUCCACGGGGCCUUUAGCGGCAUCUACGAGCCCGUCCUGGCGGAGCUGAGGAAGAGUCCCAAGUGGGGACCUACCUGCCGCCUGGGGGUGAACGGAUUCAAGGGGGUCCUCCUCGUACGGGAUGAGGACGGCGUCUGGGAGAUCGUCGCUGCGAAGGACCAGUCGAAGGCUGAUGCGGAGCUCAUCCCGAUCCAUGAGGAGCUCGCGGAGUGGGGGAUCAGCGCUGAGAAGGCGUCAGCCAUCAUAGAGCAGUCCCACAAGCCGUUCGGUUCCUUUUGCGCGUCCGCCGCUGCUGGUGGCCUACGGUUCUUCGUCUCGCGACGCCCGUUGGCAAAGUUUACUUCAGUGCAGCUCGAGCCGCUCUGUGCUGGUCGCAUUGCCUCUCUCCUUCUCCAAGGUUCGUCGAUCGCGGGUUGCCGAAUCACUGGCCAGAGCCGGCGUGGGAGCGUCGGGCUCGGGACGGUCGUGAAGUAUACGGCCAUCGCCCAGGUACCUUUCUUUGUCCUGGGUAAUUCUGGACUGUCCCGGGCCUCAGGCCGUGAAAAGAUUGGCCGUCGUGAGUUCUUCGCACAGCCGGUGGCCUGUGGACUCGUUCUGCAACGCGCCCAGGGCAUGGCGACCGUGUGCAGGCUGGCGCUCGUCUCCGCGGCCGCCCCAAGGCAGCUACGAGCGCCUCCGUGCGCGGGGCUCGAGCGCACCGCCGUGGAGGAUCAGGCGCAGGAGGCGGCCGUCUCUCCGUCCCCCUGUCCAGAGGCCCGGAGAGGUCUCGUCAUCACUGCCCGGUGCCUCCCACUUCUGCUCAACAACGGGGUCGCCGUGAUCGUGGUGGCUGUGACGAUGAUCGUCCUGCUGCGGGGGUCGCUGGGUGAGCUGAUGCGGAGAUUCUUGCGGUCGACAGCUGUGUGCCCUCCUCGCAAGGAGUACUGGGCCCCGAUGUGCGCCGCUGAAUCCCCGCCCCCAGACGAGGAGUUGCUGGGUGGUCAGGCCGGGGACAAGUACAUGUUCGAGUCGGAGGCCUUCCUGGAGUUUGCGACGCUCUUCCGCGCGCGCGUGCAAGUGCCUGGCCCAGGGGCUCACGGCAGUGGCGAUGGCGAUGCCGAGGAAGGAUCAGGGGUCGACAAGCCCGCGCCCGUGGAUGCGGAGCUCGAUGACAUGUUUGCCGACCGCGAUGCGGUGGACAGUUUCUGGGCUAAUCACAAGUGUGACAAUCGUGCGAUCCUGGAGGCGAGCCUGAUGCACGAUCUGUUCAUAUUCUUUGUUGACUGGGACAGCGCCUUCCAGCGUCGAGGUUUCAGCGGGAUCUGCUAUGCAGCGCGCGCGAUGGCGACGAGGAAGAACGGCGGCCACACUGGGGAGGGGCCCGAGGAGAGGAAGGCCAAUAUCGGGAAGGACAAGGAGAAUAUUGACAUGGGCGAGGAAGAUGACCUCAACGAUGACGACGGGGCUGAGGGGUCUAAGGCGAUGGUCGGCAUGCUGAAGAAGAUGAUGGCUAUGGUGAAAAGCAUGAGGGAGGACAUGCAGCAGGUGAAGACAGACAUGGGCGAAGCGGCAAAUACCGCUAAUCAGGCGAAGGUCGCGGCUGACUUGGCCAUGGAAGCAGCGGGCAUAAUCAAGCAGGGUAAAAAAGGGAAGGACAAGACGGACGGGGAGGAGGAUAAGUGGUUUCGCGCCGUGAGCUUCGGGCGCUUCCCUGAGGACAGCAAGGCGCAGGCUAUCGCGAAAUUCAUGGAAGGCGCGCUCGCCGAGGCCAGGGAGGUCAAGUCGCUCCUGCAACAGCAGCCCUCCACGCG